UAUUUUUUUUGUGUAGUUAUAAAGAAGAAGGUCAAACAAAGCGAUUUACAAUUCUGUAUAGAAGAAAACAAGAAUAAAGUUAAUAAAAAGAUUUCUCAUGGCCAGUGGUUCAAAAAAUAUAAAUUACAAGACAUUAAGCGACGAAGAAAAUAAAUUUGUAAUACCCGAACAUCAUUUGCAGCAGCAGGAAGAGCAGCAGCAGAAUGAUAACGAAGCAACGAACAAUGAUGAGGACACUCCUCGAAAUAGUGGUGUUCUUUUGCACACAGUACCCGAAAUAAAUCGUUCACGAUGGAAUCAUAUCGAGGAUUUAGAUUCAUUUUUUACACGCAUGUAUCACUACCAUCAAAAGCAUGGUUUUGUGAUAAUUGUUCUGGACGAAAUAUUUCAACUGAUACAGUUUGCCUUUGUCAUUUGGCUCAUCACCUUCACUGUGCACUGUAUCAAUCAUGAUAUACUCUUUGGCAAUGAGUUGCCAGCCAGCAAUCAUACGAAAAUCUCAAUAUCUGAUGUAAUAAUACCUAUGGAUGAGUGCGUAGAUAAUUUUGGAGGUUUAACCGUGUUGGUGCUAUUUAUUGCGUCGAUUUAUUUAUUAAUACGCAGUGUCAAAGUAUUGUAUCACUUGUGUCAAUAUUGGGAUAUUAAGAAAUUCUAUAAUACUGCUUUGCACAUAGACGAUAGUAAUUUGGACAAUAUCACUUGGCACGAAAUUAAGAAAAAGGUAAGAGAAGUCCAGGCGGAGCAGCAUAUGUGUAUAGAUAAGGAUCAUUUGACUGAUUUGGAUAUAUAUCACCGUAUAUUGAGAUUUAAGAAUUAUUUGGUGGCUUUAAUGAAUAAAAAUCUGCUGCCUGUACGUUUCAAUGUGCCCUUGUGUGGAGAGAUGGUUGUGCUUUCGAGGGGUUUGUUAUUCAAUAUUGAUUUAAUAUUGUUUCGCAGUCCAGGAUCACCAUUUCAAAAUAAUUGGCAGUUAAGAGAUGACUACUCGAUAAGAGGCAAUCAGGUGGAGUUGGCAAAAAGAUUGUCGAAUCUAAUUUUUUGGAUAGCAAUAGCUAAUUUCCUAUUAGCUCCUUUUAUAUUUGUGUGGCAAUUAAUCCUCUUCUCUUUUACCUAUGCCGAUAUUCUAAAGAAAGAACCCGGGGCUUUUGGUAUGCGCACUUGGUCCAACUAUGGCCGCUUAUAUUUAAGGCAUUUCAAUGAAUUGGAUCAUGAACUAGAUGCCCGUCUUAAUCGUGCUUACGAAUAUGCCAAUCGUUAUUUAAAUUCUUUUUCGUCACCUCUAAUGGCAGUAUUAGCCAAAAAUAUAUUAUUUAUCUCAGGUGGCAUACUGUUGCUUCUUUUGGCUUUAGGUAUCUACGAUGAAUAUGUAUUUCAAGUGGAACACAUGCUAACCAUUAUGACAGUACUGUCGGUAAUUGGUUUAAUAUGUCGAAAUAUGAUACCGGAUGAAAAUAUGAUUUGGUGUCCGGAACAAUUAAUGACUGCCAUUUUAGCUCAUGUGCAUUAUUUACCCAGUAAUUGGAAAAAUCAGGCUCACACUUCCUUGGUUCAAAAAGAGUUUGGUAACUUCUUUCAAUUUAAAGCUGCCUACUAUCUUAACGAAAUUAUAAGUCCUCUUAUAACACCCUUCCAACUGCUGUUUGUUUUUCGUCCUAAGGCUUUGGAAAUUGUGAAGUUCUUUAGGAGCUUCACCGUAUCUGUCAGGGGUGUGGGCAAUGUGUGCUCUUUUGCUCAAAUGGAUGUUCGUAAACACGGCAAUCCGGAAUGGCAAAUGGAUGUAUCUACCACCUCGCUUCAUCAAUCGGAGAACAUGGCUGCCGCUACCACUAAUGGCAAAACAGAAUUGUCUCUUCUGCACUUUACCUUAACCAAUCCCGAAUGGCAAAUGCCUCCCGAGGCGCUUGAUUUUGUAAAAGCUGUUCGUCAAACCGCUUUAACCGAUUUAAGCAAAGCUGUGGCUGUAGGUGGUGUAGCAGCAACCACCAAACAAAAGAGGGAUUUUGCAAAUCUCAAUCCAUUAACAGAAAGUCUUUUGUCAUUUGGAACCAUACAAGAUGAGUACUCUUCAGUAGCCAAGUCUUUAUUGUUCCGACACAAUGCUCACACUAUACCCAAGAAUGCCGAAGGUGAACCAUCAAUGGCUGGCCAACAAUGUCAAUGUUAUUUUGAACAAAUGCUACAACAAAGUCUUGGGGCAGAGCACUCGCAUUUAAGAGACAAUCUUCCCGCACCCUCAAAGAAAAUGAAAAGAUUGCGUGUUUCAAAGCUCGAAGGCAGCAUAGAUGGUCCUUCGCAACAGCAGUCACUAAUUUAUAGUCUCUACGGCCCCGAUUCGUUGUGGGACAAUAAACCGAACGAUAUGACUGUGGCCGAUAUGUGUCUAAGUGCAUUGUAUAUGCAUGAAAUGCAUCACAAAGUUAAAAAAUCUUCUGCUGGUGAGGAGCAUUGUACUGAAGUCGUAGAGGAAGGCAAUACUAGACCUCGUAAUGUUGUAUUUACCGAUACUAUAGUAACAUCCUCGUCAGCUGUGGAGACUACACCAUUAUUGGGUCUACAGUCAUAGCAUCAACUUAAUUGGUUAUAAAAUUAUUAAGAAUUUAGUUUUGUCCUGAAGAUGAUAUGUGUGCAAGAGACAGAGAGAGAGAGCGCAAGAAAUUAAAACAAACAAAAAUCGUGUAAAAAAUGAAAUCAAAAUCUUAUAGUAAUAAAAAAUGUGUUUAAAAAUUUAAAUAUUGAUA